AUGCCCGAGGAGCACUGGCCGAAAGUGCCGCUAGCUCCGCAGGUCUUGCAUGUUAAAGCGACUCCGAAUGAUCCGGAGAUUUUGUGUAAAUUUUCUACGUUGACUCAGUUAACUCGUGUUGUGGCUUUUUGUUUACGUCCAUUGGUUGGUUUGCGAAGGCGCAAGGACAAUCUUUCUAAAUUACCUGAUUUUUUGACCACAUCAGAAUUGUCUGCAGCACGAAUUGCAAUAGUUAAAUUGGCACAGUCGCAUGCUUUUGAUUCAGAAAUUAAAUUGUUACAGAUGGGGAAAAGUUUACCGAAGCGUAGCCCUUUGGUUAGUUUAAAUCCGUUUGUGGACAAGAUGGACGGUGUUCUGCGCGUUGGGGGUCGUCUAGUAAAUUCGAGUUUGUCUCACGAUCGCAAGCAUCCACCUAUUUUACCGCGUCGUUCACCACUUAGUCGUUUGUUUGUUCGGCACGCGCAUCGUUCCUGUCUUCACGGUGGACCUACGCUCACGUUGAAUACGGUUAUACAAUAUGCAUGGAUUCUCGGUAGGACCCGUCUGGUCAAAACGAAGAUUCGACAAUGUGUCACUUGUCAACGCGUUAAGCCACGCUUGGCCUGGCAAAUGAUGGGCAAUCUACCUGCCACGAGGAUUACACCGGCUCGACCGUUUUCUUCCGCCGGUUUAGAUUAUGCUGGACCUUUCCAGGUUCGCACUGCUAAGGGCCGGGGUUAUAAAUGUUAUAAGGGAUAUAUUGCACUUUUUGUUUGUUUCACGACACGAGCAAUCCACCUUGAAGCACUGAGCGAUCUCACGACUUGGAUGUUUCUUGCCGCGUAUCGGCAUUUCGCAGGACGUCGAAGGGUCUUCCGGAAUCUUUAUAGUGAUAAUGCUACCACGUUCCAAGCCGCGGAUAAAGAGUUGCGGGCCAUGCUUAUAGCGGCUUCGGAUUUUUAUAAGAGUGUAGCCACCACUUUCGCGAACGACGGAACGACUUGGACGUUCAUCCCUCCGAACUCUCCCCACUACGGAAGUUUAUGGGAAGCGGGGGUAAAAUCUGUUAAACACCACUUGAAACGGGCGAUCGGUGAUCGACCAUUAACUUUUGAGGAGUUUUCGACUGUCUUAGUAGAAAUUGAGGCGUGCCUCAAUUCGCGGCCUCUUUGUCCUUUGAGCGCAGAUAUUGAAGAUCUGCAGGCUUUGACACCUGCACAUUUUCUCGGUGUAGCUUCAGCGUUAGUUCCAGACGAGUCACCCCCCGACGUGUCAGAGAAUCAUCUUGAACAGUUCUAA